CACCAGCCACCGCCCGCUCGGAAGGAACUGGCGUUUCUUGGUUUCCUCUUUCGAAAUGAGACCGGGGCUCAGCGCUCUUCACUUGUGAUAAUGAACAGUUUCGACGACAGGGAGGUAAGGCAAUGUGGGUGUUAAAGCAGAGGUUGGUGAUAGUUUUACAGCAUUGUCUGUAACUGCUACCAUAGAUAGUGAUGAUAAUAACAUGAAUAAUAUCUACUUUGACGGUUCUGAUGAUGUUACUAAUGUGACCGUUACUAGUCGGUUUCCCCACUUUAAUCGGCUGUUCCAGUGGUUAUCGUAGUCGUAGGGAACCCCUGUCAAAAGGUGUAUGCAGUUUGUAUUCCAAACAUCUAUUUACCACUAUGAAGUAGAUAUAAGUUGUUCUAAUUAGGGUUUGCCAGGGUUGUGGGGGUGGUGGGGGGGGUGGAGUAUGAAUUACUUGAAUGCUGUUGGUGAGUUUGUUACUCAUGCCGUCGUAGCGUUAUACACUGCCUGCUAUUUAUACAUAUAAAGUUAUUUUGUAAGCCCCUACUGCCUGCUAUUUAUACGUUUACAGUUAUUUGUAAGCCCCUACUGCCUGCUAUCUAUACUUAUACAGUGAUUUGUAAGCCCCCACUGCCUGCCAUUUAUACAGAUAGCUUGUGCACCCAAAGUCCAUUUUUUCAUUCUUUAUUUAAGCCUUCUACUCACAACUUAAUAAUUGGGAUCUGCAGUAAUGCAUUAUUUUUAUCUUUCUUUUUUUAAAAAACUUUAUGGGGGUCGGGGGGGUCGGAGCUAAAUCUAUUCCCUUUCGAGAUAGGUAUGGUAGUCAGUGGCAGAUGGAACAAAGUGGUUAAGGACAUGGCUACAGUUGGGCCAUUUUGCCAAUGACAUGGUUAAGAGUGUAUCAUUGUUGCUAACGAAAUGGCUAGAGGCGGGGGUAUCAUUUCCAUGCAACAAGGAUUCGUAAAGGGGGGUAGAGGGGGGCUAUGUAAUUGAUAAAAAUGUUGCUUAAUUGGUGGGGAACUACCGUCCACCACCCCCACUUCUCAUAAAGUAGGGUGACCUAAUCAUGAACUGGAAAAAAACGGGACACACCCAAGGAGGGUUGUGGUGGGUAGGGGGAAUACCCUCCAGCUAAAGAGGUGUUCGGGGGCCUCCGCCGGAAACUGUUUAUUGAAAUAUGCUCAUUUUAACUAUUUUUGAGACCUAGAAAUCUUUUUAAAUUUACCUUCACUUUUGUAAUUUAAUUUAAACUCUAAACGAAAACAAUAAUUUCGCAGUGAAUACGUAUUUAUUUAUACAUAUUUUACAACAUAAUACAAAACAACAAAUUAAAUUUCUCUAGUCUAGGAUUUAAAUUGAGGUUAUUCGGCUGAUGUCCCAGCCAUUGUUAAAACCUCCUUCUUAUCUAAUAUGUGAAAAUGUGUUUGGUUUUAGAACGGGACAUUUAGGCGACCCAAGAGACUUUUUCGGGACAAGGGGUUCGUUCGUGAAAAAACGGGACAAUCCCGUUUAUACGGGACGUUUGGUCACCCUAUUAUAAAGCCCUUCGGGCCAUUUAUUUCAUGACGUCCGUGGUGGCCUCUUUUAAGGUAUACUUUCCAACUGGUUAACCUAAAAAUUAAUUAGUCAUGCACCCAACCAUAAACAUACACUAUACGGUAAAGAUACUAAUUAAGAUUGUGGCUUUAUUACCAUUAUAAUACAUUCUUGACUAACUUUUUUUUUUUUGAGUAAAGCAUUAAAAUUUAUUUUCUAUGUUUUAGCAUCGCCGAGCAAAGCGCCGCCGAGCGGCUAAACUCAAACGAACCUGCCGGCCAUGGAUUUACGCCCCUUGCCGUCUGUACCAUUACGUCAUGCUUUACGUCAGGCGCUAUCGUCGGCGCCAUCCGUACUGCAGGGAGGUCAGGCAGUCAGAGGCGGAUCGAUGGCUGGAAAGAUACACCGACUGGUGGAACAGAAUGCAACAACUGGCUAAGCUUGUGAUGAUUCUUCUAAUGUAUUUCAUAGCGUUGGCAUUACUCAUCUUUUGUAGCAGCGAUUACACUUGCUUGGAGCUAAUGGACUCAAUCUGUAUCGUAUUUGGUUAUCAAUCAUUCGAUCAUUUGCUGUAUGUCAUAGGAUUAUGACAGUCAGACUUUUAAAAAGAUAUUUAUUAAGAGAUGGUGAAUAAUGCAUUUAAAAUCCGCGAUUCCUUGUAAACAUUUGGGCCAGUGGUUCUCCCACUGCCUGCGGGUGCUCAUUCUUGUCAAAAUAUAACUAUUUUUUUAAAUAGCAUUUUUAAAAUUCAGACAACUUGUGGAUAUUAUUAUUUUAUUAAUUCCUUGGAUUUUUUUUUUAACAAGAAUCUUUCAAGUUUAUUUGCUACAGUUUUAUCGUUCACCUUGUGAACAUGAAAUGUGUACUGUUAGAGGAAGAAGUUAGCGCGUGUUCAAGGAGUACAUCAUCAUUUACCACGUUCACCACAAGAGCACCACCAUUAAAGUUACUUAGGUUCGCUUACACCAAACAAACGUUUGUGCCCCCCACACUUCAUUGGGACCUUCCUCUUCUUUUAGUACAGAGAUUUUUGCCCAUUUCAGAAAGACGUUUUCCAAUAUCAUCACUACUGCGAAAGAUAAUUGUACCGGUACUCUGUGUCUGUACUGUAUGAACUGACCCUGCAUAGGCCUAUUUUUGUGUAUUGUGCUCACAGCCGUGGCAGUGUGCCCUGCAUUCGCUGGCCUGAAACUGCAGAGGGGCAUCGGGCCAUAAGUUUUUACAUACCUGAGAUCUUAGGGAUGGGGAGUAAUCAAGGAAAUAUUUUAAAUUGCAUUGAUUAGCUAAACAGCGAAAACUAUAAGGCCCCUCCAAAAAAAAGUCAUUCGACACGGCUCUGGUUGUAUUUUGUGCUUAAUUAAUUUAUUUGUCAAAGGUUGUUUUUUUCUCUUGUUAGUUUUCCACUAUAUGAGUAUGCUUAAAACAUUUCUUACUGGUCUGUGAAACUGAGACACUCAAUAUGGUGAUGUCAAUUUUUUUACGAUCAGAUUAUGGUGCCAAAAUGGUACCAUCAAAAUUGGAGUGUGUAAUUGUGACACAUUGAUAUGAUUGGGUGUUAAUUUUUGACAAGGAAAUUUAGUGGUUUUAAAUUGCUGCAACGAAUAGUGGGGUAUAAUUUUAAAGUACAGUGUUAAGUGUCACAUUUUAAAGUACUGUGUUAAGUGUCACAUUUUAAAGUACGGUGUUAAGUGUCACAUUUUAAAGUACGGUGUUAAGUGUCACAUUUUAAAGGUGAAUUUUAAAGAUUAAUAUUAGAGUGCAGAAAUAUGGGUGUGAAAUUGAAUGUGGCGAAUUGUAGGUUGGAAAAUUAAGUGAGUAUAAUGCGUGGGGAAAAAAUAUGUAAACUUGUCGAUUUACAAUUUGGAUAAUUUAAUUUCUGCAUUAAAUAUGUGCACGCAUAUUAAAGCCAACCUUUUCAACUCGCUGUAUUCCACUGAAUGGUUUACCACAGAGGGUUACCUAAUUAGAGUCCUAAUGGUUUACCACAGAGGGUUACCUAAUUAGAGUCCUAAUGGUUUACCACAGAGGGUUACCU